UGUCGCCGCAAGGAUGUGUCAGCCCAAACACCUUGAUCAUGAACCUCCACUAUCAUCGCACCAGCGUCCCACAUCGGCCUUUUUAUCUGCGGUUUUCUCAAGGGCAAGUUUGAUCUAUCCGUUUCUCCUGCGAAUCGGAGGUUUGGCCCUGGAAUGACGCAGCGGGCGGCCACCCUAUGGAAAAUGCCUUAUAUGCGCGUCGAGCUACGGUCUAUUCGAUGUUACAAUGGGCGACGAGCGAGAAAAGAUUAGCAAAAUGAAUCCAUGCCUGGAUGGUGAUGCGAACCCGUUGAGGUACAUGUUCGUACCCGCGUCACUGGAUUUCAUCAAGCCGCAAGCGCUAUACCAAAAAAUCCCAACUGUUCAGUGCGUUACAGAGGAUGGUACCGUACAAUUUGAUCUCGGUUUACACGUCGACGUCAAGUGUAGCAAGGACCAGAAAUGUAUAUCAGCACCCAUACAGCGUAUCCCCCCCGAACUGCUGAUGGAAGUCUUCCUAUGGGCCAGAGCUCAAUACGACACCCUCGAUCUGGCUGAUGAACACAGUUUGCCAUGGACACUUAGUCAGGUCUGCAGCUCCUGGCGAGCCACAACCAUGUCGUUGCCCGAAAUCUGGACGGACUUUACCCUUAAUUCAUCCCGUCUCAUUUGGAAACGCCAGCCUCUCUCGCUGCUUACCGCCGUUGCCACUCGCUGUCGUCAUACCCUUAAUUUUACGUGGAAAGACCUGGCUAUUGACGCGGGGUCAGACGGGGACUACCUUCUCAAGGCGUUAUUCCAGGUGUUAAUAAAUCAUUCCGAUUCGUGGAAGGUCGUCCAGCUGGAAUUGCCGUGUCAUCUUAUACCCAUGCUCUCUCAACUUCAUGGACGUCUGUCGUCCUUGACAGACCUUCAUUUUUCAUGCUACUCUUCCAGCGUGGAUAACAUAGAAGGCUUCGAGGUUGCUCCGCGUUUAACCAACAUAAAGAUUCGUGGAUUGGGUCCAUAUACACGAUUUGCCUUUCCGUGGAAAAACCUCGUUCAUUAUUGCGAUCACCGCAUUCCAGAAGGGAGAGCCUUUGAUUUGGGUAUACUCAACAAAGCGCCAUAUCUUGAGGCGUUCGAAAGCAAUGUCCGGCAACAGAUCCUUUCCAUGCUCACUCCUGUAUUUCACGAUAGGUUAUCGCUUCUCAACGUGCGCGAUAGCAGCUUCCUUGACAGUCUGACGCUUCCCGCACUGAAGGAGAUCACCCUGCGUCCCUACAUCGUGGACGAGACUCGCGCGGAUACCAACCUUCCAGCCCUCCUUGGGAUGAUAUCGCGGUCCAAGUGCUCCCUGCGUCGUCUAUCGGUGUAUGACGUUGCCCCCGACUCGGACCUGAUACAUAUCCUGGAAAUGUCGCCCGAGCUCGAGUUUCUGAGCCUGAAUAUCCCUCGCUGUCGUGAUCCAUCCAGUGUGCACCUAAGGUCUCUGAUGAGCCAUAUGCAGGGUGCACUGGUGAGUCGGUUAGGAACACUGGCAAUUAAUCGCUAUGAUCGAGACACGAGUGAAGCGUUGGUAUUUUUGGACGAGGUUUUCGUGGAGAUGAUUGCGGGAAGGCAUGCGAAGAGAUCGUUGCACGCAGUAAGGUUUGAUGUCUGGGUUCCAGAGGCAGGGUCAUACAAAUGCCCGUUAUCGGAGGGGAGCGUUAGGCGGCUGAAGGAAUUUCAGGGGGAAGGAUUAGAGCUGUGUAUCCGGGCGAAUGAUUUUGGAACGUCGAAGAGGUACGUAUAGGUCAGAUGUAUCACUGCCAAAAUAAAGUGAUCAAUUUUACGCCGCGUGGUCCCUUCCUAAGAGGCGAUUUCUGGGGGGGAAAGUGAGAUUGCGCCGAAAAAACACAGCAUCUAACCCAUAAGGCCUGCAAUCAGUAUUUUUUUACGAAAUUGCUUGCCUGUUCAGCCAAGGCCUAUGUCCGCCGGUUUUGUUCUUGUUUUGUUUAUUUGCUUUGUUCGAAAAUAUUUUCAUCAUUAGGUCCUCCUCAAACUCAUGUACUGGUUCCCAAU